CCCUAGCCCGAGUCCCGAUCCCCCCAUCCUCGCCGCGCCGCGCCGCCGGCAAACCGCAGGCCGCCGCGCGCCCGCACUGCUCAGCGCAGCUCCAGCUCCGGCUCCGGCUCUGGCUCUGGCUCCUGUCGAGCUGCUGGACGCCGCUCGGCUCGACUAGGCGACAGGCGUGGUGUGGCCGCUUCCGCGGCUUUCCUUUCCUCCAGGCUCGCCGAUGUCGCCGUCGCCAAGGUUUCAGAGGAUCGGCCGCGCUGGGUUGUUAUCUCUGCUUGUUUAGUUACUGUUCGGGAAUGCGAUUGCUGUGCUGCUGCUCCGAGCUUGAGCAUGGAGGAGAUCUAGCCGCACAGGAUCUUCGGAAGUGAGUGUGUCGGUGUAGGGUGUAGAGCACUGUUAAGGUUAGAGGUUGUGCCCGGUAAUGGAUCAUGUUUUACUCCAAAACGGUGUGGAGCAUCCUGUUCCUGGGGAGGAGCAUAAGGAGGAUAGCAGCAUGAAAGUGGAGGUGGCAUUUGAUGGGGUUCAAAGCCCGUUCCGAUUCAGGCACAAGAAAAGGUCCAAGGUCUGGGAGGAGUACAAGCCCAUCUUUCUGAAUGGGAAGGUUCAGUUCGCGGAGUGCUUGUACUGCCAUAAUCGACUCAGCUGCAAAGAUUCCAAUGGGACAAGCCAUCUAUGGCGGCAUCAGAAAAUCUGCCCUGGCAAGGAGGAAGCGGCACAGAGGCGACAGAAGGAUUCCUACUUCCCAUGUGUUUUGGUGAAUCGGAACGACCCGGUUUCACCACAUGAUCUGGUCAGUGAGAUUAUUACAGAGACGCUUAGUGACAUAAAAUCAGUAACACCCAGCGGCAGCAGAUUCACAUCAAAGGUGUGGAAGGAGUUUACACCUAUCUAUGUUGAGGGGAAACUCCAGGCUGCAGAUUGCAUUCACUGCCACAAGCGCCUCAGUGCGAAUAAGUUUGGAGGAAGAAGCCAUCUGAGUCGACAUCUUAUAACCUGUGCAGGACGACAUGGAAGGGGCCAAAUUCAUCAGAAGGGUUUAUUUUAUCCUUCUAGCAUUCCUAGUUUGAAGUCCAAGAUGCAAGAUGAGCUCUCGCCUGCCUUAACAAAUGGAAAGGUUCAGAUUGCAGAAUACUCUAGCAAGCUUCUUAGGACAAGUAGCUCUGGUGACUCCACCCCUAAGCCCAUUCGAGUGGUACCAGCACAACAUUCCCUGCCAACACCAGAUUGUACAAGCCUGAAGAAACAGAGGACCUCAUUUGUGACCACGCCAAUUGGUCAAGAAACAUCUGAUCCAGAGCUAGCCGGGAUGAUAGCGAUGCAUGGUUAUCCUUUGUCCAUUGUAGAGCACGAAGAAAUGGUGAGAUUUGUAAAUAAACUCAACCCUGUGGUCAAUUUAGUCUCUCGCAAUGGUUUGGAAGAACAUUGCUUGGCACUAUUUCAGAAGGAAAAGGAAAAUCUGAAGAGUAAAAUUGCACAUUCUUCCCGGCGCGUCUCUCUGUCAGCAAGCAUAUGGACUCCUGAUGGAUCUGAGCCAACAGUAAAUUACCUCUGUUUGACAGCACAUUAUGUUGAUGAAGACUGGAAAGUUCACAGGAUUAUAAUAAAAUUUGGAAUGUUUUGGUCGGUGCCUGCUGAUUUGGAAAGGAUGGUACAUUGUAUGGAAGCUUGUGUCCCAGAAUCUGAAAGUGGAUCUUAUAAUAUCAUAUCGGAUGCUAUUAGAGACUGGAAUCUUGAUCAGAAGCUUUUAAGCUUGAUUUCUGUUGGUGAAGUUAGGGAUGACAACAAUACUUCAUUGCUGAAGGAAAUGCUUAUAGAGAAGAAGUUCCUUCCUAUUGGAGGGAAGCUAUACAAUGUUUCUUGUGUGGACUAUAUCCUUAACAGUAUUGUUUUCAAAGUGCAAUCCGAUAUACUUCAUCUUGUUAGUGACAUAGUAAUGGAGUUUUUGGUGUCAUUGACCCAACAGCAGCUUCUGGAAGUAAUUUCGCAUAUGGGUCUAAAAUGCCCACAAGAAGACGCCAAGUGGUGGCACAAACUUUAUUUUAGACUUGAAGUUCUUUUGCAUUUCAAGAAGUCAUUUCCUUCUGACGAAAGGUUAUCCCCAGAAGAUACAAAAAUUGUUGAAUCUGUUUGCAAGAUUUUGAGGACAUUUUAUCGUGUAAUUGAAGUUAUUUCCAGCCCUAGCUCUCCGACAGCAAAUAUGUAUUUUAACGAGAUAUGGAAAAUCAGGACCGUUUUGCAAGAAGAAGCACUAAAUGAUCACAGAGAUAUAGCUACAAUGGUUAUGAUGAUGCAGGAAGCAUUCAAUGAGUAUUGGCAAAAUUCAUACUUGUGGUUGGCCAUUCCUGUUGUGUUAGAUCCUAGAUUCAAAUUCAGUUUUAUUGAGUUUCGUCUAAAACGAGCUUUUGGAACAGAUUCAGCAAGCUACCUGUCUGUAAUACGUGAAACAGUCCGGGAACUCUUCAAUGAAUACUGCAAUUCUCUGAAUCAGACAAUCGCUGUUGUUUCAAACAGUGAAGCUUUCGGUGCAGAUGAUGGUGAUUCACUGGAAGAUUGGGAUCGGCAUCUCCAUGAACAAGCAAGUAGUCAACUAUCUUCAGAACUUGAUGACUACCUUGAAGAUGGUUUAGUUCCUAGAAAGGAUGAUUUUGAUAUUUUAAACUGGUGGAUGACUCAUACUACUAAGUACCCAACACUUGCGACUAUUGCACGGGACAUCUUGGCGAUGCCAGCAUCUGCUGUUCAAUCUGAAGCAGCUUUCAGUAGUAGUGGACCAGUAAUUCCAAAGCACCAGAGUGCAUUAAACAUCAGAACAAUUGAGGCACUUGUUUGUACUCGAGAUUGGAUGAGAUAAAACUCUUUAAAUGCUAUGCUGCAGUGAACUGUUAAGAUGGAUUGCAUGCAGCUUUCACCGGAGGAAAAUUUCAAGCAUUCUAUGAUGGUGCUUCUGGCCAAGGAUAUCCCCUCUGAUGAUCGAAUCCCCAACAUUUGGCAGCUGUUAACUUAUUUUUCAGCCGAGAUGUGUAUAUAGAUGUUACUCCCAUCACCCCAUGCAGAUGUGUAUGUAGCCUUCCUUAGCCGAGUUCAGAAGUGAUGGGUAUAUGUAACCCAGGAACUGAGCCUAGCUAGUUUAAGCAGGAACUAGGAGUUGCAAGGUGGAGAUGCUGCAAAUAUGCUUUGGUAUGAACUUUUAAAUCUCUUAUAUCUGCAACCUUGUUUACCUACUUCGCUAAAUUGAUUUACGAGUGGCAAUGAUUUGUUGCUGUAUUCCGGCGCCUUAACUCUUUUAAA